AUGAAAACUGAACAUUUUCGAGACUUGUUAUCGAACCGAAAUUCGACGCACACUGCCGCCACGGCUUCGAUUACCCCGACGUUUUUGGCGAUCCUGGAAAUCAAAAGCGCUAAAUGCUCAAAUGCUAAAGCAAAGCUAAGCAUUUAUCUCCUUCCGGUUCCGCUGCCUGCGCUGUUGAUCGGAGGUUCGAAUUCGGCCUAG